AUUACUUCGUUGAAACAAACAUUACAUCAUCAUCAUCUUCUUUUUAUAGAUGAAGCAAAACUUACUUCUUGCAGAACAAACAACAAAGCAAAACUCUGUUUCAAAUAGUUAUGGUGGUUCUACUAAACAUACGUCCUCCGUUUAUUCUUCUUUUUAUACUGUUGCUCUCGUUGAGGCUCUGCUUCAGCGAAGACAGGAUCACACUCUCGACUCCUAUCAAAGACUCGGAUACACUUCUCAGCAGAAGUGGUGUUUUCAGAUUCGGUUUCUUCACUCCUGUGAACUCCACUGGUCAUUUACGUUAUGUUGGGAUCUGGUACGAUAAGGUUCCAGUUCAAACCGUGGUUUGGGUUGCUAACAAAGACACUCCAAUCAACGACACUUCCGGUGUUAUUUCCAUCUCUGACGACGGAAACCUCGUGGUUACCGAUGGUCGAAACCGCCUUCUAUGGUCGACCAACGUCACAGUAACCGUAUCUCCAAAUGCUACUUGGGUUCAGCUAAUGGAUAAUGGGAAUCUUAGGCUACAAGACAACAGAAACAACGGAGAGACUCUCUGGGAGAGUUUCAAGCAUCCUUACAACUCUUUCUUACCAAGAAUGACUCUUGGAACCAGCACUAAAACCGGAGAGAAUCUAAAGCUUACUUCAUGGAGAAGCUACGUAGAUCCUUCAACAGGGAACUACUCAGCUGGUCUUGCUUCUUUCACGUUUCCUAAGCUCAUGUUUCCCGAGCUUCUGAUAUGGAAGAACAAUGUUCCAAUCUGGCGUAGCGGACCGUGGAACGGUCAGGUUUUCAUCGGUUUACCUGAUGUGGACUCUCUUCUGUUUCUUGACGGGUUUAAUUUGAUUAAUGAUAACCAAGGAACGUUUUCGAUGUCGUUUGCUAAUGAUUCUUUCAUGUAUCACUUUAACUUGGAUCCUGACGGAGCUAUCUAUCAGAGAGAUUGGAGUACUAGAGGUUGGAGGGUUGGUGUGAGGUUUCCAUCGACGGAUUGUGAUGCGUUUGGUAGAUGUGGUACUUAUGGGAUCUGCAACUCUAGAGAUGAUCCGCCUUGUAAAUGCGUGAAAGGGUUUGUGCCGAGGAACAACACAGAGUGGAAUGCAAGGAAUUGGAGUAACGGAUGUGUGAGAAGAGCUUCAUUGCAGUGCAAUGUAAGUAAUGGUGGAGGAGGGAAAGGAGAUGGGUUUUUGAAACUGCAGAAGAUGAAAGUGCCAAUCAAUGCGGAACAGUCUCUAGCUAAUGUGCAAGCUUGUCCUAAGCAGUGUUCAGAUAACUGUUCUUGCACUGCUUAUGCUUAUGAUCGAGGAAUAGGAUGCAUGCUUUGGAGUGGUGACUUGGUUGAUAUGCAAUCUUUUUUGGGGAGUGGGAUUGAUCUUUAUGUUCGAGUUGCGCAUUCUGAACUCAAAACACAUAGCAAGCUAGCAAUUAUGGUCACAGCACCUGUACUAGGCAUUGCGUUUGUUGCUGCGGUCUGCGUUCUUUUAGCAUGCCGGAAGUUCAAGAAGCGUCCAGCACCAGAGAAAGAUAGAAGUGCAGAGCUAUUGUAUAAAAGAAUGGAAGAGCUUACAAGUGGUAACGAGUCUGCUUCUAACCAAGUCAAGCUCAAAGAUCUUCCGCUUUUUGAGUUUAAAGUGUUAGCUACAUCAACCGAUAGCUUCUCUCCCGGAAACAAGCUCGGGCAAGGCGGGUUUGGUCCUGUCUACAAGGGAAUAUUACCAGAGGGGCAAGAAAUUGCUGUCAAGAGGCUCUCACGAGCAUCAGGACAAGGACUUGAGGAACUUAUGAACGAAGUAGUUGUGAUUUCGAAGUUGCAACAUAGGAAUCUGGUUAAGUUACUUGGUUGUUGCAUUGAAGGUGAAGAAAGGUUGUUAGUAUAUGAGUACAUGCCAAAGAAAAGCUUGGAUGCUUAUCUAUUUGACCCAUUGAAGCAAAAGAUUCUUGAUUGGAAGACUCGGUUCAACAUAAUGGAAGGGAUUUGCAGAGGUCUUUUGUACCUUCACAGAGAUUCAAGACUAAAGAUCAUACACAGAGAUCUAAAAGCCAGCAACAUUUUGUUAGAUGACAAUCUGAAUCCAAAGAUAUCUGACUUCGGACUUGCAAGAGUUUUUCAAGUAAAUGAAGAUGAAGCUAACACAACAAGGGUUGUUGGAACAUACGGGUAUAUGUCACCGGAAUAUGCAAUGGAAGGUUUCUUUUCAGAAAAAUCAGAUGUUUUCAGCUUGGGAGUUAUAUUUCUAGAGAUCAUAAGUGGAAAAAAAAACUCCCACAAGGACGACAACAAUCUAAACCUUUUAGCUUAUGCGUGGAAGCUAUGGAAUGACGGCAAGGCUAAUUCUCUAGCAGAUCCAACCGUCUUUGAUGAGUGUUUUGAGAAAGAGUUUACAAAGUGUGUUCAGAUUGGUUUGUUGUGUGUGCAAGAAGUUGCAAGCGAUAGACCAAAUGUGUCAACCAUGAUUUGGAUGCUAACUACCGAGAACACAGACCUCCCUGAGCCAAAGCAGCCUGCAUUUAUAGCAAGAAGAGGAUUUUCAAUCGCUGAAUCUUCUGGCCAGAGCAGUCAAAAGGUCUCCAUCAACGAUGUGAGCCUCACAACUGUUACCGGACGUUAACCCCAUACAGCUAAUCUGUAUGUUUAUUAAUACAUAUACAUAUAUGUUUUAAGAACCUUCUAUUUUUGCAAAGUUUUGUUAUUCUGUGUAUGUUUAAUGGUUAGAGUGAAGAUAAAAAAAUGUAUUUGAGAGAAGUAAAGUUUUGAUUUACUAAUUACAGAUUUGAUACUA